UUCAUUAUUUCAACUAGACAAAACUCGAAACCGAAAUCGAAAGGUCAGUUUCUGCAUAAGAAUUAUCGAAGAGGAAAUGGCUAGCCGAAAACCUAACUCAUCAAGCAUGACUCUCGUCAAAGGAUCCGCCAGCCCGUCGAGCCCUGUUGUUUCUUCUGCGGGCUCGUCGAGUCCUGUUGUUUCUGUGGGCUCGUCGAGUCCUGUUGUUUCUGCGGGCUCGUCGAGCCCUGUUGUUUCUGUGGGCUCGUCGAGUCCUGUUGUUUCGGGUGAUUCGCCUGCUUCUGCUGGUUCGGGUGAUUCGCCGGCCUCUGCUGGUUCCGGCAACUCCCCGGCCUCUGCUGGUUCCGUGGGCUCAGCAGCCUCUGCUACCUCCGUGGGAUCAUCGGCGUCUGCUAGUGUCGUGGACCCACCGGUUUCUCCUACCGCAGCCGAUGACAGUGCCUGCGAAAUGCAAUUGGCCAUGAAGCUCCUCGUCGAUCUCCAGGACGCUGAUCUCCGGGGAAAUGCCCUUUUGGAACUCUGCAAGAUGAGAGAAAAAUUUCAAGAUUUCGGUCUGCUACUAUGGCAAAGCUUCGGUACAAUGGCAAUACUCUUGCAGGAAGUAAUUGGCAUCUACCCGUAUUUAUCACCACCUACUCUAACGUCAGCACAAUCAAACAGAGCCUGCAAUGCACUUGCCCUUCUCCAGUGCGUGGCAUCCCAUCCGUGCACAAGGAGGUCGUUUGUCAAAGCUCACUUUCCAUUAUAUUUGUACUCCUUUCUUACCACAAAUUGCAAAUUAAGGCCAUUUGAGUACCUGAGGCUUACUUGCCUGGGUGUCCUUGGUGCUCUAGUGAAGGGAGAUGACACUGCAGUUAUCCGUUUCCUUCUUGAUACAGAAAUUAUGCCCCUGUGUCUACGCCUUAUGGAGAAUGGCAAUGAAAUGACAAAAACGGUUGCCGCAUACAUCCUGCUAAAGAUAUUGCAGGAUGGAGAAGGCUUGGGAUAUGUAUGUGUUGCAGCAGAUCGAUUCUAUGCUGUAUGUCGAGUACUGAGGAGUUUGGUUGUCGGACUGGCUGAAAAACCUUCACCUCUGCUAUUAAAGCACAUUAUUAAGUGCUAUAUUCGGAUGUCUGAGGACCCAAGGGGUCGCAUUGCACUAAGAGAUUCCCUUCCGGAAAUUCUCAUGGAUGGCACAUUUAAUAGUCUCCUUAAUGAAGAUCGAAUGAUGAAAAGGUGUCUGAGACAGUUGAUUCUCAAUGUUCAUGGGUCUCUGGCUUGUCUUCAAGGUGGGGGGACAUCUUAGUUAUGCUGGUCAAUUGAUACAAGACAUAGGGUUAUCAGAUGAUGCAGUGAUGCUUUUCCUGGUUGAUGUGCCAGUGUUUAUCAUUUAUAUUUGCUGCUUUUGUUAACAUAUUUUGGGUAGAUUUGCAGUUCUUUAAUCGUAUUCCUGGUUUGACUUUUAGCUUCAAAUAAAGCCCUAACUCAGUCCAGAAAUAUUCUGUUUAUUGCCUUUGUUUAUUAAUUUUAUGUUCUUCUGUUAUGUUAGUAAAUGCUGCAAUCAUUACUUUGAAUAAUUUAUAGACCGUGGAAGCUAGUCUCGCUUGUAAACUGGACUAAUUAAAGUGAAGCACUGUUGCUUUGAGUUGGUUAUAAUUGCAACGGUUAAUUCUAGCUUUAGAUUGGUGGACUGUGUUAAAUUUUGUUUCGUUCUUGGUCGAAGGGUAUGGAAAUAGAGUGAGGCUGCACCAAUUUGGAUUCCGUUGUUACUAGGAUUAAAUUAUCUACUGAGUACGAUAAGAUAGUUUUAUCUGUAAAUAGAGCAAAUUCAGUUAUAUUUAUUGAUUUCACAUAGCUGGAGUCCGCUGAAAUUAACUUGUACAAGUAUAAAUAGUUAACUAAAUUUUUUUUGCAUACAAUAAAUUCUUAUAUUUAAAUUUAUUUUUUAGUUUUUUUCUUGAAGACCUUACUGAGAGAUCAUAAAUAAGUGUUUUAUAUUAGUUUAUUAUGCUGAAGAUCUGGUCGAGCUCAAGUCAGAUUGAGAUUCAUUUACACUAUCAAACUGGAUUUUGAUGCGGGUUGGAUAUCAUUGAUGGAGUAAUUGGUUAGAAGUAUAUUACUAGGAAUAAGAAUGAUGGAAGCUUUAGAUCGUAUAGGCUAAGCUUGGUAUAUCCAGAUUGGUUUAAGUUUAGAAUUCAAUUAUAUAACUAAUUAACAUAGCAGGAGUGAACUGAAUUAACUAACUAAACAAGAAUAGUGAGUAGAAACAUAGAGAUUUGCUCAUUUAAUUUUUAACAAGAAGUAAAUCUCGACCUUUGAUUUUUGAAUUUUCUUUUAAGGCCUUACUAUGGGUUCUUAAAUAUAUUUUGGAUCUACUUAACAGUACCGAAGUUCCAGCCAGAUUCCCGUUUAACAAACUCAAUUUGAUAUGGAUUGAUUUCUGUAGAUAGUGGUGAUGCUGGAAACUCCUUGUACUUGCUCUUGAACCUCAGGUAUUCUAUGAUUUGCAAGAAAAACGGGGGCAGAUGCCCCUGGUUGAUCUCCCAUGCUAAUGCCCGCAAGAUAUGAGAAUAAAUGUGUAUAUUUAAUGUAAAAGAUGCUACCAUGGACCUUGCUUUACCUAGUCUGGGGACUGGUCAUUUUAUUUUAGGUACGACAAGCUUAGUCAUCAGGAUUUCCUGAAAUACUAGGGUUCUGAUGAAGGAUUAAUCCUUUACUAUAACUGGAGAACAUAUUGACUGAUUAGUCUGUCGGUGGCCAUGUAUGCACGAUGCUAGAAUGCAUUGUUUCUCCGAUGGUCUGUAUGUUGGUGAAUCUUUGACAUAGUUUGGGCCUCUAGAGCCACUGUUCACUGGUCUAGGAGCAAGGAAGUCGAGCUUCGAGUUUCUUUGUAUCACUAGAUAGUAUGAAUGAUCAGAAGAGCAUAUCAUUAGGAAUAAGUAAAAUGGAAGUUAUAGAUAAACGUAAGUCUAAUUAAA